UCACACUGGCGCCGGAAGCCCACGCAUCUGAGGGACAUCAUGAAGCCACUCCUUUCAGUACUCUUGGCUCUGCUAAACCAACUGUAGCUAGCUUGGAGCCCGCCCCGCGGCCUGCUUUCGGAGAGCACCCAACGUUUUCCAUCACUACUCCCUGCCCCUUGGCGGGCGGGACUCUGAGACGUUUGCCUUUGAGUGGAAGGCGGGAAGAUGGCGGGUGCCUCAGAGCGGGACGCAGGGAAGCCUGCAGCCUCUGGUGCAGGUGCUGUUCCCAAGACAAAGGGAAGGAAAGUACAAGGAGGAAGAGUGGUCGAGUCCCGGUACCUGCAAUAUGACAAGAAAACAAAGAAGGUUUCUGCAGCAGCCAAAGGAGAGAAGCCCCCCGAGGGAAGGAAGGCCAGCACAGUGCCUAGGAGCAGAGAAGAGAGCAAAGUGAUGGGGACAGGCAACCUGCAGUCUACCAUGCUGGAAGGGCAUGGCUUGAAUCCACCAGACCUAGACCUUUCUGCUAUUGAUGACAAAAGCAUGUCCAGGAAGGCUCCCCAGCUAGAAAGGACAGUGGCAGGAACUGAUAAGUCCCUUUUGAGACCUGACCAAAAAAGGACACUUCGAAAGAAAAAACGGGAUCUGCAGGAGACCAUGGACAUGAUGGAGUCGCAGACGCUGCUGAUGACCCUGCUGUCUGUGAAGAUGGAGAACAACCUGGCUCUGCUGGAGGAGAAGGCGGAGAAGGACUUGGCAGCCAUGUGCCAUGAGAAGGAGAGGCUGCAGAGGCAGGCACUGGAGCUGAGGCGUCAGCUGCUUCUCAGACAGAAACAUCAGGAGCUGGCCGCUGCCCUGGAUGCCCAGAUUGAGGUGCUGAGCCCUCUUCCGCCUGUGUUAGAGCGCUUCAAAGAGGAGUACAAGACACUGGGCAGAGCCCUGGACACCACGAGGCACGAGCUGUCCAUGCAGGCUGUCCACAUGGAAGGAAGUGGGCAGGAGCUCCUAGAUGAUCUGGAGCCAGCCCUGAGGACCACCCUGCAGCUCUUGGGUGAUCUGAGCAUCUGCUCCCCGGACGACAGUGCACAGGUGCAGGGCGACAGCACACAGGAGCCUGGAGCCAGUGCACAGCUGAAUCAUUUGCUGAAGGAACUGAAGGGCUUGGUCGCUGAGAAAGACCUGGAGCUCUGCAGACUUGUCAGCCAGGUGGUGGAACUUUCCUCCCAGGCCAGUAAAGAGGCAGCUUUGACGAACCAGGAAGUCUGGGAAGAGGCACAGGGUACCCUCACCAGCAGCCAGGGAUACUUCAGUCCAGAUGUCCGCAGGGACCACAGUCCCACCCAGGACAGGACAAAUUCCAGCAGUCUUGACCCUUGAUUGCUUCAGGGCUGCCUGCCCUGCCACCAGUGAAUCCCAAGUCCCCACUCUGUCCUUGCUGUAUGUAAAUAAAUGUAAAUAAAAACAUGUAAUAAA